AUGCCUGUAAUCAACCUCCUGCUCCUCACUAUAUCUAUCCUAAUCGCCAUAGCAUUUCUAAUGCUAACCGAACGAAAAAUCCUAGGCUAUACACAACUACGCAAGGGACCUAACAUCGUAGGCCCCUGCGGCCUACUACAACCCUUUGCUGACGCCCUAAAACUAUUCACCAAAGAACCCCUAAAACCCUCCACAUCAACCACCAUCCUCUACAUUGUCUCCCCCGCCCUAGCCCUCACCAUUGCCCUUCUACUAUGAACCCCCCUCCCCAUGCCCAACCCCCUAAUCAACCUCAACCUAGGCCUCCUAUUCAUCCUAGCCACAUCAAGCCUAACCGUCUACUCCAUCCUCUGAUCAGGAUGAGCAUCCAACUCAAACUACGCCCUAAUCGGCACAUUACGAGCAGUAGCCCAAACGAUCUCAUACGAAAUCACCCUAGCCCUUAUCCUGUUAUCAGUACUACUAAUAAGCGGCUCAUUUAACCUCUCCACCCUCAUCACACCACAAGAGAACUCAUGACUACUCCUACCAUCCUGGCCUUUAGCCCUAAUAUGAUUUAUCUCAACACUAGCAGAAACCAACCGAGCCCCCUUCGACCUUACCGAAGGAGAAUCCGAACUAGUUUCAGGCUUUAACACGGAAUACGCCGCAGGCCCAUUCGCCCUAUUCUUCAUAGCCGAAUACACAAACAUUAUCCUAAUAAACGCCCUCACUGCUAUAAUUUUCCUAGGAACAACAUUCAACAUCCACUCCCCAGAACUCCACACAACCCUCUUCACCAUCAAAACCCUACUCCUAACUUCCCUAUUCCUAUGAAUUCGACAAACAUACCCCCGAUUCCGCUACGACCAACUCAUGCACCUCCUAUGAAAAAAUUUCCUGCCACUCACCCUAGCACUACUAAUAUGACACAUCUCCAUACCCAUUACAACCUCUGGCAUUCCCCCACAAACCUAA